GGCUAACGUGUAAAUUAAACUCUUAGCUUCCGUUUUCCCUUGCUCAUUUAACAUUUCACUUCAUCAAUUCCUACUCUCUUUCGGAUAUCAUCUUCGUAACCUCUCAUAAACCGAAAAGGUGAUAUAUGCUGUAGACGAAGAAUACCAGUAUGAAUGACAGCUCAAAAAACAUUUGGCAAAUAUGACAACAUUUGCAAAUGCCCGCUUUGGAAGAAAUAGAGGAACAAGAUUGCCUCAAUAUACGAACUCUGAUGAAGGUGAUAAAAUGGAUAAACGGGAUCAGACUUUGAACGCGAAUCCUGAGCCGAUCGACGUUGACUCAGGCAAAUAUGACUCUUCCGCAGAAUCAUCAGAAGAAUCCGAUUUUGAUGAAUGGAAAGAUGAUGAAAGUGAUUCGGAUUCAAUUACGUCUUAUGACACAAAUGAAGGCGGCAAAGAAUCAAGAGAAGAAGCUGUUGAGGAGAUUGACUUGGAAGAAUUGUCACGAAUGAGACAUUGUUCCGUUCAGAGAUUACGCACUUCGUGGGAAAAGGUAAUACGACAAUAUGGAAACAGAAGAGGACAAAGCGAAAGUUCAAAUGACAGCUCCAUAUCUCGAGAGAGCAAUCUUGAGCCCAUACCAGCAAUUGGAAGAUCAUGGAAGCCCGCUCAUUCUGUCGUUCCUCCUUUGCUCCGAUUUCAAGGCUCGGCAGGAUUUAUGAUUGCACCAGAAUGGCAAAUUCUACCUAGAGAAAAAGAUGAGGAAGACGGAACUAGCGAAGAGGAGGAUGAUGACGAUGAAGAUAUCAUUGAUUUUGAAGCAAAGGAUUGGGAGAAGAAACUUGAGGAUACGUCUUAUUUCGAUGAACGCGCUGAAAAGCUGUCUGACAGUCUCAAACGAAAGAGCAAAGGAAGUCGAGAAGCGCAAGAUCCCUCGUCUUCUUCCGAAUUUGUCCCCGAAGUGCCAUCAUCUUCUUCUGACUUAUCACCCGAAAACAUUUCGCCAAAAAGACAAGUAAAGGAAAGUGAACAAAUUCGUGAAAAGGUGAAGAGUUUUUUGCUGGAAAGACAGCGAAUCAAAAGCGAGCGAAUUCGCGAAGAGACAAAGGGUCUUUCACCAAAAAGACAACGAAUUGAAUACGAGCAAAUUGGUGGAAAGACAAAGACUCCCAAUAGACAGGAUGAUAAAAGUCUCCAUAGUGCGCCAAGAAGUGUCAAGCAUGGUGCACUUCAGCGUUCACCAUCAAGACAUAAUCACCAAAGAAAGCAUGAAGCGAAGCAGGACAGCCAUCGAUUGAAAACAAGUUCACCAAUAAGGCACGAACAAAAAUCAAAACAAAAGACCAUUACGAAUUUCAUGGCAUCCUCCAAGCCAAAUAUGCAAAAGUCAUUAUCAUCACCGCCAUGCAAAGGACGCGAUGAAUGCACAAAGAGCUUUUGUUUGAUCUGUGGCAGCUUUACUGGAUUAGCAUCAGCAACAUCGAUUUAAGCAUUGAUUCAACAUUUACAGCGCAUAUACCCUCACAUUUGAAUUUGUACAUUAGUCUGGCGAUCAUCAUCAAUUGCUCUGUAUAUCAAUCAAUACAUUCGUAGAAAUCUACUUGCUGGCAUCUUGAAAGAAGGUAGCGAAUUGACUCUUUCGUAACCAUCCUCAAAGCGAACCUAAA